AUGGACGAUAAUAGUGAGACCAAAUCACUCGUCCAACAUGACACACACCGGCCCCGGAUAGGAUUCCUAUCUCUUCCCCUCGAGAUGAGAUGGGAAAUCUACACCUACCUCCUCUUCCUAGUCGACCCCAUUAACACAGCCGGCCACAGCCAUCCAUCCAACCCCAAGGUGUAUCCGCAAAUCCUGUCCGUAUGCCGGCAAACCCACUGGGAAGCGCACGAGAUGCUCUACCGCCUCAACACCUUUCUAGCACACCCGUCGCUCCUCACGUCGUUCCCACGGCUGCGCGAGGACUACAGCCCCGUGGUCUCGUCCGCCAUGGCCUCGCUGGUGCGCCGCGCCGUCCUCCGGGUACGUCUGGACAUCAAGCCGGGCUUCACGCGGGCGGCGGCCGCCGAGUCGCUCAGCGGCCUCGAGCACCUGGAGGUCGAGGUCUGGCAGGCCGAUUACCGCUGUGCCGGGCGCGAGGUGCUCGAGCUGCUCGAGGAUGUGCGGGGCUGCCGGUCUGCCGUGGUGUCGGGAAGCACUGGCGGGUUCCAGUGCUAUGCGCGCUGGCUCGAGGAGACCAUGAUGAAGCCCCUCGGUGCGCCACACGAAGAUUACGACGGCGAGGUUGGAGACGUCAGUCCAGUCAGCCCCUUGAGAGACUGA